UUUAGCGUAAUCGGUUUUAAUUGGCUCUGUAGUCCAGCUUGUACGGAACUGGAGGUGAUCGUCAUGGACUGGUUGGCGAAAUUUCUCAAACUACCCGAACACUUUCUACACUCUACCAAAGGGCCUGGUGGCGGCAUUAUACAGGGAUCCGCAAGUGAGGCUGUGCUUGUCGCCGUCAUGGCGGCACGCGAGCAAACCGUACGUCGCGUGAAAGCCAAACAACCAGAUUUGAGUGAAGGUGAGAUACGGGCUCGCCUCAUCGGCUAUUCAAGCGAUCAGAGCAAUAGCUGUAUUGAGAAGGCCGGCGUGCUAGCCACUCUGCCCAUACGGCUGUUGCCAGCCGAUGAUAAUCAAAUUAUGGGCGGCGCGCAGUUGGUAAAAGCAGUGAAAGAAGACCUGGCUAAAGGGCUUAUACCCACUAUCUGCAUUGCAACGAUGGGGGCGACGGGCACCUGCGCUUACGAUGAUAUCGCGACACUGGCGUCUGUUUGCGAGGAGCACAACAUCUGGCUACACGUCGAUGCUGCUUAUGCGGGCGCUGUUUUGUCGCUGGAUGAGUAUGCGUAUCUGCGAUGCGGGCUUGAGCGCGUGGAUUCACUCAACUAUAAUCUGCACAAAACACUGCUGGUGAAUUUCGAUUGCACGGCAAUGUGGCUGCGCGACGCAAAUCAGGUUGUGGACAGCUUUAAUGUGAAUCGUAUUUACCUGCAAAACAAGUACAACGGACAGACAGAUAUACCGGAAUUCCGACACUGGCAAAUACCGCUGGGUCGUCGCUUUCGCGCGCUAAAAGUGUGGGUUACAUUUCGCAUCUACGGUGCCGAAGGCUUGCGCGAGCAUGUGCGCAAACAAAUACGCUUAGCAGAGCGUUUUGAACGACAUAUCUUGUCGGACGCACGCCUGGAGUUGGUGGCUAAACGAUCAAUGGGUUUGGUCUGCUUUCGAGUGAAGGGUGACAAUCAGUUGACCACAGAUCUACUGCAAUGUGUGACAGAACGCAAGAAAAUCUAUAUGGUACAGGCGGCAUUUGGCGGCAAGAAUUUUAUGCGCUUUGCGGUGUGUGGCAUGGAUCCGAAGGAAGACGAUAUAGACUUUGCGUGGCGUGAAAUUGAAGAACAGCUAAAUAAAUUGCUUAAAGAAGAGAAAAGAGGAAAUGUAGGUACGA